CCCGGCGCGCCCUUUUAAUUACUUAAUAACCAAGCCGUACGCCUUAUCAUAGGCCGCUUCUCCAACGGGAUUUAUACGCUCGCUGUGAUGGCGUCACAGAAUCCUUGUUUCUGGGGAUUGUGGAGGGGAUUAUAUGCAUUAGAUACCCAGCACGUAAGUUAGUUUACCUACCUACAUAAUGUAGAACCUUGGCAGAUAGAAGCUAAGGCGAAUGCUAUUUUUGUCGUGGCCGUCUGGCUAUUAGUCAGGUUCUGGUAUGGGAAUCAGUAAUUCUUCCUGGACCGCUACGAACGCACUUUUAUAUUAAAUUGGGGUUGUUCUCUGUGUUGAGUUGGAUUGCUUGAGAGGCUUUAUUACUCGACUGUAUUUCUGUUCCUGCGCUCAACGACUCGCUACACUUGUAUUGUAUCUACGUAUAUUGUCAGGUUAAAUUAGGUCCAGUUAAACUAUAUCAAUGGCUCAACUUAUAGCCCUCGACUCGAGUUUCCACCCCGGCGAGCAGGCAGUUCAUAAUCUACUGCGCGUGCCGCACCGCGAGAACCCAACACAUCAUAGCCUACCGCCGCAGCUUGGAUACCGCGUCGGGAUUUCGCCGCUCGUGGCGGUCGGGACGCUGGAUCGGCAGGGCAGGCCGUGGGCUAGCGUGUGGGGAGGUGAGAAGGGGUUCGCUCAGCCGGUGGCUAGGAAUGUGUUGGGGGUUAGGGCAACGGUGGGGGAGGCGUGGGAUCCGGUUGUUAGGGAGUUGCUUGCCGUUGAGGAUGGUGAGGGGGGAAGAGAAGAAGGAAAUAAUGGAGAUGGAAGACAGAUCGUCAACGAUGCAGUCAUCAAACCGGAAGGGGGUAAGCUGAUGGCGGGUCUGUCGAUCGAUCCCGAGACAAGAGACAGAGUGAAACUUGCCGGCGUAAUGGCCGUUGGUACUGCAACAAAGACAACGCCCGGCGUUGCGGACUUGCAACUUGCGUUCCGCGUUAAUGAGGCUUUGGGGAAUUGCCCGAAAUACAUCAAUAAGAAACGCAUCUUGCCCCGCGUGCCUUCACCACAGCUUGUAAGCGAGGGAACCGGCGUCCCGCUACCUCAGGCGGCGAUCAAGUUAUUAGACAAAACGGACCUAUUCUUCAUCGCGAGCAAACAUGGCACUAAGAGCAUGGACGUGAAUAUCCGUGGCGGCCCGCCAGGGUUCGUACGGGUGCUAAGGAAUAGAGAUGAGAGUGCGGGUGGUGUUGCAUUGGUCUACCCAGAGUACUCUGGUAAUCGAUUGUACCAGACACUGGGAAAUGUCUAUAAUGACCCAGCUGUCGGCAUCGUCGUCCCGGACUUCGAAACAGGCGAUGUGCUAUACCUGACAGGGAACGCGGCGAUCCUUGUUAGCGAAGUAGUGGCUGCGGUGAUGCCGCGUGCGAAAUUAGCUAUACGUGUCGAGGUCGCCGAAGCUCGGUUUGUGCGAGAGGGCCUAUCGUUUAGGGGCGAGGUUAUCGAUUACUCGCCAUAUAAUCCAACCGUCCGGCGAUUGGCAUGCGAGAAGGGAUCUGAUGAUCUUGCGGCGGGCUCAAGCAGUGAUACUGCCGCUAUAGCAAGGCUGAUCACUCGGGAGAGGCUUACACCAACAAUCUCAAGAUAUAUGUUUAAGCUUACCGCUUCAGGGGCGAAGGAUGAUACAAAAAAACGGUUGAAAGCUUGGCAUCCCGGGCAGCACGUCACUUUGGACUUCAGUGAGGAGCUGGAUAUGGGAUACUCGCACAUGCGGGACGAGGACCCGCAGAGUCUGAACGAUGACUUUGUGCGUACGUUCACUGUUAGUAGGCCUAUAGACGCCGGGGUCGUGGAUGAAGAGGGAUAUAUAAAGGAGGAUACGGAACCGAAGCUUGAGAUCACAGUUAGGAGACACGGUCCGGCGACGGCGCUGCUAGAGCGCUGGAAUAUAAAGGUCCCGCUUGAGAUCCCAGUGAUGGGGUUCGGCGGCGCGGAAGGGUUUAGAUUACCGACGGGGGACGGUAAAGGGGAUGAAAAUGCAAGCGUGUUCGUUGCUGCGGGCGUGGGAAUCACGCCGUUGAUGGCACAGGGCGCUAGUAUUCUGAAAACCACAGAGGGAAAUAAACUCAAGCUACUCUGGAGUAUGAAAGGCGAAGAUGUGCCUCUGGCAGCAGACGUGCUAGAGAAGAUAAGCAGCCUCGGACACGCGACUAAACUCUUCGUCACUGGGGAGGUAGGCGAGAGAGAGCGGGCUAUUAUAUCUACAAUACGGGGGCUUGGUGCGGAAGUGAUAGAGCGGAGGAUAGAGACUGGUGAUGUGUUGGCGGAGGGCGAGCAGGGACGGAGGAAGUAUUAUUUGUGUGCGAGCCCGGAGAUGACUAGGGAGCUGCUGAAGUGGACGGAGGGCGAGGAGGUGGUUUAUGAAAGCUUUGAGUAUUAAGGAGGGCGUCGCGGGUUGAUAUGAAGGAUUGGUGGGAUACAUAGAUUGGAUGUAGGAUAUACGACGGAUGAGUAAGAUGAGUAAGUGUAAAAUACAAGAAUCUUACUUUCUAA